AUGAUUCGACUGCGUUCGUACGAAGCCUUCGUAAUCGUCUUCGUGAGCAUUCUCAUUCCAUUGUCCUAUCAAGUGCUGAGUGACAACAACAGGAAGCUCGAAUGGAUUAUCGGCAAAUGGCGAUCCGAAUUUUCCGGAAAGGUAUUCUGGCCAACGGUUCCCACGAUGACUUUCGGAGAAGAGUUACACAUUCAUGAAGCUCCUGUGGCUAAAUCUGCUAAUGUUCAGUUCUUGAAUUUUUCGGCAAGAGCAUGGUCACACUCAACAAAGGACCAUUUUCAUGACGAAUGGGGAUAUAUGACAGUCGAUAAUAAAGGGAAUGCAACAUUAAUGACGGCUGGAAACAAUGGUUUUACGACCUAUGAGGUUGGAGAAGUGGCGCACAACAAACUCGUUCUUACACUCAAGGAUAUAGGACGAAUUUCGUUUUCACGUGAUUUGCCCGUUGAGGAUUUACGCCGCACCUUCAUUCGGCACGAUGAUCGAUACAUGGAACAAAUACUCGAAAUGAGAACUGCUACACAUCCAAAAUCAGGCUAUCUGGAACAUACAAGAGUGAUUUAUACGAAGCAAAAACCAGAGUAA